AUGCCCCCCAGCGGCGGCACCCUCCACUCCGACCACGUCAACUACCUCAUCCUCCGCUACCUCCAAGAAGCCGGCCAUGAAAAGGCUGCAACCGCCUUCUACACCGACUGGCAUCGCGGACCUGAGCACCGCGACCCAGAAAGUUACCCCUUCGCGCCGGCAGUGCGACGAGGAGAAUUGAUCAGCGUCAUCCAAGAUGGGCUGUACCAUGACGAGCUGCUCUCGCGCGUCAAGAACAAUGAGCGCAAAUUCUUAUUCACGGGCGCCAACGCGACGGAGCGCGCCCGGGAAUGGGAGGCGCCUGGUCGUUCUUGGAUGGAUGAAGACACAUCGAGGCCCUCGACCAGUGGCGGAGGGAAGAGGAAGGGGCGGCCGCCUGCAAUGAGACCGCCAGACGAGUUCCCGACGCCGGCGCCGAAGCGGCAGAGGCGGAGUGAGGGGAGCGAGGGCGUGCAUUUGAAUGGUGACGCGAUGGAUGUGGACGCCGCGUCUGGAGACGGUGAGGCCGAGGAGGAUGGAGAGCCCGUGUCGCCGGCUAUGGGGGAGGACGGGGAGGAAUUGGACGUGCCACAACCACGUUAUGAUUCCAUGGAUGUGGCCGUGCAGACUGAUUUUAAGGCUGGUCCAAAGACGAGCACCAUGUCUUGGAAGGUUGACCGGCCUGGAGCGACAAUCUACCACAGCAUGUUCAAUCCAGAUUCCAGUGCGGAGAACGGGAGGACUCUGAUGACUGUCGGCGAGAAUCUAUGUCGGUUCUAUCAGGUGCCCGAAUCGCCGGAUGAGGUGAAGCAGAUCGCCAGGAUUGAUCAGCCAUCGCUGCCUCCAAAUUCCGUGAUAACAGCGUCUACUUGGCAUCCUGAGGGCCACACCGCAGUGUGCGCGGUGGACACGAUACGGAAUUUCUCAGACGGCCGGUCACGGUCUGAUCAGCAAAUUCUGAGCCAUAGUCGCCAUGGUGGCACCUCAGCCAGCUUCUUACUUCCGCCAUUACUGGACCCGCCUGGACUAAUGCUCGCUAUGCGCUACAGUUCCGCCGGCAACUACCUGUUGGUGAUACGAAUGAACCCGCGAAGAGGUAUGGUCCUUAUAUACGACACUUCACCGAACUCUCGCAGCCAAGAACCAGUCGCAUGGCGGAUCUCCGAAGAUCGAAUCUUCGACGCCUUCUGGGAUGAUGACGAGCUGAAGUCGUUCGUGUUAUGUGGCGAGCACGACCUCAUAGAACGCUGGGCACUGCGCGACAGCGCGCCAACCCCCGUCAUGAAUGGUGUCACCGAUGAGGACAUGCCUGCAAACCGCUUGACAAGAUUAGACUCCCAUUCAAGCGAUCCUCAAUCUCUUCUGAGGUGGGACAAAAUGACCCACGACAACAAGAGGACGUACGCCUUUGCUUCCAUCGGAGACGACCGCUCGACACUUAAGAUCCCGAAUCUCCACUCUCAGAACAGCUACUGGAGAGCAGAAGGCAUCGAUGUCUCAGGCCAAAUCACCGCGUUCGCAUUCCGCCCUUUGGUGGAUGCGCCUAAGCCGGCGUUACUGCUCGUGACCGUGGACAACGGCGCCUGCCACCUCUACAGCCACGAGGACCCUGCCAACGGAGUUUCGCAUCGCAAGCUCAGCUUCCACCUCAGCGAGGGCCCGGCGCUCGCGCUCGCCUGGUCGCAUGAUGGUCAGUACGUCGCUAUCGGCGGACACGAGCUGGUCGAGAUUUGGGACAUUGACUCGUUAGUUGAGCUCGUUGGACGGCCUAUGUCCUACUGGGCUGAAGCGAAAGAGUCUUCACAUGCGCCGCUUGUCACGUGGCGCCUUGAUGUUGCGACUGCGAAGCUUAGGAACGGCGAGCACGAGGAAGACAAGCCGCUCAGUGAGCCGAGUCUGAGUUGGAGCGCGGAUGGGGAGCGGUUGGCUUUUGCGGUCGACAAACAGAUCGCCGUGAUAUCCUUCCGCCCGCCUUUGUCGCGAGAGCUGCCUCCGCACGAGAACGGAGUCGCUACCACGAAUGGACAUGAUCAUGCUCCAUAG